AUGACGACCAAAGCGCAUCUAUAUCUUGACAGCGAACAUUGUUUAGGUGGGCUCACAUUCGGAGGCAGCGACCCAGAAGGCUCACUGCCAUGUCUGGACAAUGGAGCCUCUCUGCGCUUCGCAUCUGUCGUGGAAACUGAAAGAAUUCCACUAUAUCUUGCCAUAGGACCUUCUUGCUCCGUGCAGACUGACGACGCCGCCUUGGAAGACUGGAUCUCGAGCGUUCUAUGGAGCCAUCAGGAUGAAAGUGCUUGGUGGCAGACAGCACGGCCUGACUCGCCGCUGGGUAUACUGGUUUCUAUUGAGCACGGAGGCAAUGUGCAGUCGAAGAAUUCGGGGCCGCAGGUGACGGAGGUCUUGCUAUAUGCUUCUCGCGACACUUCCGCAGCUUCAGAGGACGAUCUGCCCGGAACAGUAGGGCAGCUUUUUGAGGGAGGCGUGGCAACUCCUCAAGGUACUAAGCUGUGUGCGCUGCCGCUGUCCUCGCAUCUAUGGCAUGCGGUCCAAGCUGCGGAACCUACACCCCCUGCAUCACCUGGCUCUGCGGACAAUGGCGUUGAUGCUGUGUUCUUGCCCCAUGCUGUAAGUGCAGAUGAGGAACGCAUCAACGAGCCGCCAGUACGCAAGCGCAAAAGUGCUACACAAAUGCUGGACGAUGCAACCGAGCGCAGGCGCAAAGCUCGCCGGAAGGGCGGAGAGGGUGUUGCUGCUGCGGCUGCUGCACCGAAGUCUGAGCCGAGCAUGCCAUCCUUGGGCCACCGUCGCAGUGUGAGCCACAGUCAAGCCUUGUCGCUGCAUGCGAACACGCUGUCAAGGUCACCAAGCGUGGUGUCAUCUCGCCCGCCGACGGCAGCAACAGCAGCACCUCAACGAUCUUCUCUAUCGAACCUGGCAGACACGACGACAUCUGAUAUCGAGACCAAGAACAAGGAGCUCAUCUCUCGGACCGUCAUGGCAGGUAUGCGACUGUACGGCCUCUCACAGAAGAAAAGUCGCAGAUCUCUACAAAGCGGGCAGGACUCACCAGCAGUCGACAACAGCUUCGAGGACGCUGAAAAGGAACGCCGAGAAGCUGAAGAGUUCAAGCUCAUCUAUCACCAAGUCUACAGAGGCGCAUGUGUUGCUUUUCGACGCAGUAUUUGCAUGCAAGAUCUGCAGUCGACGUCGGGGCCGGCACGAGAUGUUGUCGAUCGGCUGCUGACGGUGUUCUGCACUGACCCGCUGGUCUGCAACGAGUCAUUUGUCGAUUCGAAGGCGGAGAAACUUACGCCAGGUGGGAGGAAGGCGUUCGGAUCUGGUUGA